AUGAAGACAACGCCGGGCCGUAUAGGGGGGUCCGAGGAGCCGCCCGUGACGGCGCCGUGUGCGCCCGUCGUGGUGGAGCGCGGCAUCUGCGCCGAGGAGCCGUGCGACCCGGAGUCGUGCUACGAGGAGCCGCGCGUCGUCAUCAUCGGCGCAGGCAUGGCGGGCUUGUCCGCCGCCGUGCGCCUCACGCAGCGUGGCAUCAAUAACUAUGUCAUUCUAGAAGCUUAUGAAAGGCCGGGGGGUCGAAUACGUUCAGUUUUUUUAGGCGACGUGGUCGCUGAACUGGGGGCCGGCUAUGACUUUACCCAUUGUCCCAGUCAUCCUAUUUAUAAAAUGACGGCAGAAGAAAAUCCUCCCCGUCCCGGUGUGCCGGCCACGGCACACCCGCGUGGCCUCUUUCACAGAGUAGCUGCGGGAAAAAUGGAUUAUAGACCAAUUAUAACGGCUUACUACAAAUUUCGACAGAUCGAACAAGAAGCGGCUUCCAUUUAUUGUCUAGGAGGGAGUAAGCAACAUGGAUCUUUAGUCAAUUUUAUAAGUUUGAGAAUCCAGCAAGAGCUACACGAGUUUCCAGAAGAUCAACAGCACGACGCGGCCAGGAUAAUGUUCGGGCUGUCGCACAUGCUGACCGCGCGCUGCGGGUACGACAGCGCCAUGCUGUGCUCCGACCACGUCGGCUGCUACAUGUCCAUGCCGGGCGGCGUCGUCCGCGUGCCCCUAGGGACUCUAGGCGCGUUAUCACCACUGCUGCGAAUUAUACCCGAAGGUCGAAUACGCUACUGUAAACCUGUAAAUUGUGUCUACUGGGGAACUGCUCAAAAGCAAGGACCUCGCGCAAUAGUGACUACGCCUGACGGUGAAGAAUUCCACUGUGAUUACGUCAUUAGUACCGUUUCUAUUGGCGUCCUUAUGGCAAAUUCUUCCAGUUUAUUUUGUCCGCAACUGCCAUUAACCAAAACGUGUGCGAUGACCCAUAUCGGAAAUGGUAUAAUUGAUAAUAUUUACUUUGAAUAUUAUCGCCCAUUUUGGUAUUGGCACAAUGGAGAAAUAAACUUCAAAUGUUGUCAUAGCCAACUCGGCGGUGGAAAUGAUUGGACCCGUGGAAUCACAACCAUUCAGAAAGUACCGAAUAGCAAUAAUGUCCUUUGCAUUCGAGUGGUUGGAGAAGAAGCACGAGCGAUGGAACAGUUGUCUGAACAGGAUUUGGCGGAGAGUAUUACAAAUAUAUUGCGGUGUCACACCGGUAAUAGUUGCAUUCCAUAUCCCAUGACGAUAAUAAGAUCAAAUUGGGCUACUGAUCCAUUUUUCUACGGAUCUUAUUCGUAUGAGAGUUCGGAUUCCUGCGGUCAGGCUCAGAGAACUCUCGGCUGCCCUGUCCCCGGGCCGGGUGAGUCCUGCCCGCCGAUCAUCUUGAUUGCGGGGGAAGCCACGACGCCCUACCACUUCGGCACUAUAGCUGGCGCGAGGCUGAGUGGCAUAAGAGAAGCGGAAAGAAUAGUUCAAUUAACGUUGCAAUUUCAAGGACCUCCACUUCGCGAUUUGCGCCGGAAAGAUGUAAUUGAUCAAGCUAAGAAACGUCAGGCUAAUAAAAACUAG